GGUGAGGAACAGAGAUCUGUCUCUUUUCAGAGAAAGUGAAACUGUUCUACAGUCACUGGAAGCAGCUGAAAUGGCGCAGCAAGAAAAUCAACUGGACAGAGAAAGAUUCUGCUGUUCGAUCUGUCUGGAUCUGCUGAAGGAUCCGGUGGCUACUGUCUGUGGACACAGCUACUGUAAGAGCUGUAUUAACACCCACUGGGACAAAGGGGAGGAGAGAGGAAGCUACAGCUGCCCUCAGUGUAGACAGACCUUCACUCCGAGGCCUGUCCUGGGGAAAAACACCAUGUUAGCUGAUUUAGUGGAGGAGCUGAAGAAGACUGGACUCCAAGCUGCUCCUGCUGAUCACUGCUCUGCUGGACCUGAAGAUGUUGCCUGUGAUGUCUGCACUGGGAGAAAACUGAAAGCUCUCAGGUCCUGUUUGAAUUGUUUGGCCUCUUAUUGUGAAAAACACCUCCAGCCUCAUUUUCAGGCAGCUGCAUUGAAGAAGCACAAGCUGGUGGAGCCCUCGGAGAAGCUCCAGGAGAACAUCUGCUCUCGUCACGACGAGGUGAAGAAGAUGUUCUGCCGCACUGAUCAGCAGUGUAUCUGUUAUCUCUGCUCUGUGGAUGAACAUAAAGACCACAACACAGUUACAGCUGCAGCAGAAAGGACUGAGAGGCAGAGAGAGCUCGGGCUGAGGAGACAAACAAUCCAGCAGAGAGUCCAGGACACAGAGAAAGACGUGAAGCUGCUUCAACAGGAGGAGGAGGCCGUCAAUGGCUCUGCUGAUAAAGCAGUGGAGGACAGUGAGGAGAUCUUCACUGAGCUGAUCCGUCUGCUGGAGAAAAGAAGCUCUGAUGUGAAGCAGCAGAUCAGAUCCCAGCAGGAAACUGAAGUGAGUCAAGUCAGAGAGCUUCAGGAGAGACUGGAGCAGGAGAUCACUGAGCUGAAGAGGAAAGACCAUGAACUGAAGCAGCUCUCAGACACAGAGGAUCACAACCAGUUUCUACACAACUACCCCUCACUGUCACCACUCAGUGAAUCUACACACUCAUCCAGCUUCAGGAUCCGUCCUCUGAGGUACUUUGAGGACGUGACAGCAGCUGUGUCACAGGUCAGAGGUCGACUACAGGACAUUCUGAGUGAGACAGAGACAAAGAUUUUACAGAUAGUGUCUCAAGUGGAUGUUUUACUGCCACGACCAGAGCCAGAGACCAGAGCUGACUUCUUCAAAUAUUCACAGGAAAUCACACUGGAUCCAAACACAGCAUACAGAAAGCUGUUAUUAUCGGAGGGAAACAGAAAAGUAACAUAUAUGAGUGAAGGUCAGUUUUAUUCUAAUCACCCAGACAGAUUCAUUGAUAGGCCUCAGGUCCUGAGUAGAGAGAGUCUGACUGGUCGUUGUUACUGGGAGCUGGAGGUGGAGGUGGGGGGGGGGGGAGUUCGUGUAGCAGUCACAUACAAGAAUAUCACCAGAGCAGGAGGCUCAGAAUCUAGAUUUGGAAUCAAUGAUAAAUCUUGGUCGAUAUAUUGUAAUAGAAACAGGUAUAACUUUUGUUACAAUUGGAUCGAGACUCCAUUGUCAGGUCCUGUGUCUUCCAGAGUAGGAGUGUACCUGGAUCACAGUGCAGGUGUUCUGUCCUUCUACAGAGUCUCUGACAACAUGACUCUCCUCCACAGAGUCCAGACCACAUUCACUCAGCCUCUCUAUGCUGGAGUUGGGGUCGGGUCUGGAUCCACAGCUGAGUUCUGUCUGGCAGCAGCUGAAAUGGCGCAGCAAGAAAUUCAAGUAGACAGGGAAAGAUUCUGCUGUUCGAUCUGUCUGGAUCUACUGAAGGAUCCGGUGACUACUGGCUGUGGACACAGCUACUGUAAGAGCUGUAUAAACACCCACUGGGACAAAGGGGAGGAGAGAGGAAGCUACAGCUGCCCUCAGUGUAGAGAGACCUUCACACCGAGGCCUGUCCUGGAGAAAAACACCAUGUUGGCUGAUUUAGUGGAGGAGCUGAAGAAGACUGGACUCCAAGCUGCUCCUGCUGAUCACUGCUAUGCUGGACCUGAAGAUGUGGCCUGUGAUGUCUGCACUGGGAGAAAACUGAAAGCUCUCAAGUCCUGUUUGAAUUGUUUGGCCUCUUAUUGUGAAAAACACCUCCAGCUUCAUCUUCAGUCAGCUGCAUUGAAGAAGCACAAGCUGGUGGAGCCCUCGGAGAAGCUCCAGGAGAUCAUCUGCUCUCGUCACGAUGAGGUGAUGAAGAUGUUCUGCCGCACUGAUCAGCAGUGUAUCUGUUAUCUCUGCUCUGUGGAUGAACAUAAAGACCACGACACAGUUACAGCUGCAGCAGAAAGGACUGAGAGGCAGAGAGAGCUUGAGCUGAGGAGACAAACAAUCCAGCAGAGAGUCCAGGACACAGAGAAAGACGUGAAGCUGCUUCAACAGGAGGAGGAGGCCGUCAAUGGCUCUGCUGAUAAAGCAGUGGAGGACAGUGAGGAGAUCUUCACUGAGAUGAUCCGUCUGCUGGAGAAAAGAAGCUCUGAUGUGGAGCAGCAGAUCAGAUCCCAGCAGGAAACUGAAGUGAGUCGAGUCAGAGAGCUUCAGGAGAGACUGGAGCAGGAGAUCACUGAGCUGAAGAGGAAAGACCAUGAACUGAAGCAGCUCUCAGACACAGAGGAUCACAACCAGUUUCUACACAACUACCCCUCACUGUCACCACUCUGUGAAUCUACACACUCAUCCAGCAUCAGGAUCCGUCCUCUGAGGUACUUUGAUGACGUGACAGCAGCUGUGUCACGGGUCAGAGGUCGACUACAGGACAUUCUGAGUGAGACAGAGACAGAGAUUUUACAGAUUGUGUCCCAAGUGGAUGUUUUAUUGCGACAACCAGAGCCCAAGACCAGAGCUGACUUCUUAAAAUAUUCACAGGAAAUCACACUGGAUCCAAACACAGCACACAAACGUUUGUUAUUAUCUGAGGGAAACGGAAAAGUAACAGUAAUGAGUGAAGAACAGUCUUAUUCUAAUCACCCUGACAGAUUCACUGGUUGUUUUCAGGUCCUGAGUAGAGAGAGUCUGACUGGACGUUGUUACUGGGAGGUGAAGGUGAAGGUGGGAGGAGAAGUUCGUGUAGCAGUAACAUACAAGAAUAUCAGAAGAGCAGGACACUUAGAAUGUGUAUUUGGAUACAAAGAUAAAUCUUGGUCAUUAUAUUGUGCUGGAACCAGAUAUAUCUUUCAUUACAACAGCAUCAGGACUCCAGUGUCAGGUCCUGUGUCCUCCAGAGUAGGAGUGUACCUGGAUCACAGUGCAGGUGUUCUGUCCUUCUACAGCGUCUCUGACACCAUGACUCUCCUCCACAGAGUCCAGACCACAUUCACUCAGCCGCUCUAUGCUGGAGUUUGGGUUUGUGGGUCUGGAUCCACAGUUGAGUUCUGUAAACUCAAAUAGACUUGAGUCAUUAAAAGCAGUGAUUUAGAUUCUGUGUUUAAAUCUUUAACUUCUUUUGUCUACAUGUUUGUUGAUCAAAGUUUGUCGUGCUGACGUUUCUGCUCCGCACAGAGAUCAGCUGUCAAUCAAACACUGACCUUCCUUUAUCACACAUCUUUAGUUCUCACUUUGUAAAGACAGAAAUCUAUAAUUACACUGACAUGAAUGUGUUUGAAAGAACAAAUGUUGCUGUUGAUUUCUAAAUCAAUGUAGAAAGUACAAGUAAUGCAAAGUAAAAAUGUGGAAUAUGGCCAAAAUGGUCGUUUCUGUCUUCAUCUUCGAUUAUAAAACAGAAUUAAAUAAACUGCUCCAGUUCAAACUGAGUUAGUAAUGAAAUAAUAACAGCAAGUCAAUUUGUAUUUCUGUAUGUGAAAAUAACUUGAACAAAUGAAAGAAUUCUGAUUGUGAUUCUAAUCUGAAAAGUUAAAUUAAUCAAUUGCCACCAACAACUGUAAACUGAGGCCGUUGGGCAGGUGAGUGUUUUAAGUAU